AUGGAUGAUCCUCGCCGAGACCAACCCCCCUUUAGGGUCAUUGUACACGGACCUAAAGAGUCCUCUACUUUAGUUGCCACUGCCGACGCUCAGCAAGAUGUUCAAGGCACAUCACCAAACAACGCUAGCACGCCUGCAUCUUCCUCUUCUUCUAGGUCCGACGCGGCCAGGCCUCCCCCGUUCGCCAGCCGCCGGAACUACCGCCGGCAUUGGCACCAAAGGGGCGGCACCGAUAUCGAAUACAAUACCGUCUAUCGCCGCUCCUUCUUGAUCUGGGCCAUCCAUAACUGCAUAGUCGUCAGGUCUAACGCAAUCGUGGCACGUUGGGUGGCGAAAAAUAUUGAAGGCAUUUGGAAUCUCAUGCCCCCGUUGUACCCCGGCCUUUACGACAACUGUCAAGUCGUAUGCCUACCGAUAUACAAAGUAGCCGAAAUAGCUGCUCAUCAUGGCAACAACAUUUCCGCUACGAAUAGCUCUAUAAAUGGCUCUGCCAACGGUUCAACCAAUAGCACGAACGUUACGCUGAACUACUUUUAUGCGACUGACCGAGAGGAACUUAUAGUCCUUGCUUGGCGCUAUCACCAAAGCCCGGCUGGUGUUUGGUUUGAUGCUCAAGGUCAGCUCAUCAGAUCUGAUUUGAACGAUUAG